AUGUCACCCCGCACCAAGAGUUCAGCUGUGGCUCGCUCCAUUUUCAACCCAACCUUCGCGCCAGAUCGCCUCGGAUGGAUCCAUUAUCCAUCGCACACUGUCGAAGUCGACGAGAAUAUCUCCAACUUGUUUGAGGAGGUCUCGAUUCUGUCGCGAGUCCUGGACUCCGUCAGCAAUGCCUCAGGCCGGGUCCCGCAAGCCGUUGUGGCCGAGAUCGAUCCUGAUAAUGCCCUCUGGGGUAGUAUUAGUGCCACCCUCGAUGAUAUCAACAACACGUUCAACAAGCUUAAUCAGCUGAUGGCCGAGCUUGAGAAAACAAACCGCUUUAACCGAAGGUUCUUGCGCAAGCCAACCAAGCAAAUCAAGUUUAGCCUGCGGUCUAAAGAUAUCACUAUUUAUAAGGACAGAAUCAAGUCAUACAACACUGCAAUGACUGGUGCUUUUCAGAUGAUCAAUGUCAAUUCCUCACAGGACUCGGUUUUCAAGGCCCUCUCCGAAAUCAAGUCCCAGCUGCGGUAUGUUGAGGUCGCUUUGCACACAAGUAGCUCGGCAAGCCCUGGCCCCUCUAGCGGACGCGAAGAGGACGAUCGAGCCACCCAAAAUCUCCGCCAAUUUGUUCAGGUGGCAGAAAGCUUCCACUCAAGCGCAAGUACCAUAAUGAGAGAGGGACCUAGAUCCACGGUCUGGGGAGGAAGUAUCAUGGGCGACCCUCUAACGGAAGCGCAAGCAUCAAUGAUCGAGAGAUGGAUACCUCCACCAGUGGAUGAAGAGCCACGUUCCCCUGUCGACGCCGACUCGGACAGUGAGACCGAGUUUGCUAGAAGGAUAGAAGAACUAGCGAUCAAGAAUGAGGCGGAAGGUGACCACGCAAAGGCAGAAAAAUUCUAUAGAGGUGCUAUCGAGCACGGUGAAUUGAGUUCGAGACCUGCAAGCGACAUCACUGCCAUGAGGGUACGACUAGCAUAUGCAUGCAUGCGGCAAGAAAAGUGGACAGAAGCAGACGAAAUCAUGUCUCCAAUCGCAUUUGAGCGAAAGACAAAUGACAUACUCGUGUACCACGGAAUGCACGCCUUGGCCCUUGCUUAUUUAGAUGACUCCAAGCUUGAGGAAGCCGAAAAGUGUUGCAAGCGUGCCCUUUGGGGCAAGAGAAAGGUUCUCGGUAAGGAUCAUUGGGGAUGCUGGGAAACCCUGAGUUUGCUUGUGCGCAUCUGCGUGGCGAGAAACAAGACGAUGGAAGCAGAGGUCCAUCAAAGCUUUAUCCCGAGCCACGCGACUCUUCAGACCGAUCAAGGAGCAUUGGCCUAUCUGGACCGUUCAGUUGGGAGCUUGAACAGACCAAGCAACGAUAGUGACGCGGUCUCACAAACUCAGCAGCCAUUGGCUUUUCAGCAAGAGUAUCCUCAGAGCCAACCAUACGCGAUGGCAGCUUCUGACCCAGCCCCGGCUGCUGGUAGAUUUCAGUACCCCAAAACCUUCGGUUCUCAGUACACAAGUCCACCAACACAGAAUAGUCAUCAGACCAGGGCUCAUUAUUCUCUGAAGCACAUGCAAACAAGUCCAAAAGUAGGGCCAUCUUUACAACCUCCUGUCUCUCGAAAGGCUAUCCAAAAUCCGGACACAAUACAUCGCCCACAAAGCCUGGGGCCAUAUCCUCAACAACAAGCAGAGCAGCCCCAAACAAGCACCAAUAUAUCAUAUACCCACAGCAACAACCUGGCUGGAUUUGGACUCCUGGAUGCGUUCGAUCCUCAAUGGCGUAAUCACAUUGGCGCCGGUCUUCGGGUCAGAGGUUGGAACGAUGAUCUUAUCAAAGAGAAUCAGCAAAUCAUCAUUGACUACUUCAAGUCUCGGCCACCAAGUGCCAGAACAGCUCCUAUGGCUUAUUCACUACCACCACCUACCCAUUCAACAACAGAAGAUCGACAGCUCAUGCAAUAUGCCUACACUUACGAACCACAUCGUUAUCAAUCCCCCCCACCACCAUCGCCAUAUAGCAUGGCACCUGUGCCCACACCUGAACCCCAAUAUCAGAUAUUUGUGUCAAUCGACUUCAUGAACAUAGGAGGUGCCAGUACUAAGGUUGCAUACGUUAUCAACGACCUUAAGAACCCGAUAUCAGAGCUACUCAGGGAGUGGCCUGGGGCUGGCUCCUACAGCCAAUCAUCGGUUCCCACUGUUAUCUACUAUGAUCAGUACAAUAAGUUAGUUGGCUGGGGCCAUGACAUUGCUAACGCCAUUGAGUCGACUGGACAUCCGAAGCCGGGCGUCCAGAAGGUUGAAGGUCUUCCUCUGCUCUUGGCCCAAGAGACAGAAGAGUCAAUUCCGCGGCCGCCUCCAGGUCUUAACGCUGUAGAUGUCUCAGCCGAUUUCCUCUAUAAGGUCAGGCGUGCCAUUGGAACUCAAUUGCAGCAACGCAUAGGAAACAAAUUCUUGGAGAAUGAGCAGAGGAUCCAUUGGAUUCUCACCUGGCCAAACAUCUGGGAAGGCCUACUCUAA